UUCUAAUUUUUUUGCGGGACUUUCGUCUCAAGUUCUCAGUAAACCCUUGUCCAAUUUCCCUAAUUCCCUACAAUGGAAAAAGAUACAAGGAAAAUGUGCUAAAAUUUUCGAGAAAUUUUGUUCCCAACUUCCAAAAUCGUUUAUUUUUUGGUGGGUCCCUUAAUAACUAAAUUUUCAGUCUUGACAUGUGAGGUUACGUGCAUGUCUAUAUAACAGAGGAUGUAUGUUUAUGUAAAUGUGUAAAUCAUACACCAACAAAAACCAAGCACAACCAGUACCAGGGUGAGAGAAAGAUAGAGUGAUGGAAAAAGCGUUAAACAGGCAGAAAGUGCUUCUACAGCACCUCAAUCCCACCUCUCCUCGACCUCAUGAUGUUACUUUCUCUACUUCGGUUUGCUCUUCCGGAGAUGAUGGAACGUAUCAUAGAAAUGCUGCUUUCGGAGAUGAUGUUGUAAUUGUUGCUGCUUGUCGAACUCCAAUAUGUAAAGCAAAACGUGGUGGUUUCAAAGACACACUCGCGGAUGAUCUUCUUGCUCCUGUAUUGAAGGCAUUGAUACAGAAGACAAAUGUAAAACCCUCUGAGGUUGGGGAUAUUGUGGUGGGUACUGUUCUGGCCCCAGGUUCAGCAAGAGCAAUGGAGUGCAGGAUGGCAGCAUUCUAUGCUGGUUUUCCAGACACAGUGCCCAUCAGAACUGUGAACAGGCAGUGUUCAUCAGGUCUUCAAGCAGUUGCUGAUGUAGCUGCCUGCAUAAAGGCAGGAUUUUAUGACAUAGGGAUUGGUGCUGGAGUGGAGUCAAUGACGAUUGAUCGUGUUGAUGGUCCUCGCCAUAUUAACCCAAAAGUAGAAAACUUUCCUCAAGCAAAAGAUUGCCUUCUUCCCAUGGGUAUAACCUCAGAGAAUGUCGCGCAAUAUUAUGGUGUGACACGGCAAGAACAAGACCAGGCGGCGGUGGAAUCUCAUAGGCGAGCUGCGGCAGCCACUGCAUCUGGAAAAUUCAGACAAGAAAUUGUUCCAGUUUCAACCAAGAUUGUGGAUCCAAAAACUGGAGAGGAAAACUAUGUAACAAUAUCUCUUGAUGAUGGAAUUCGGCCAGGCACUAACCUGGCAGAUUUGACGAAAUUGAAGCCUUCUUUUAAGAAGGAUGGUACUUCAACAGCUGGUAAUUCUAGUCAGAUUAGUGAUGGGGCUGGAGCAGUUCUUCUCAUGAAGAGGAGUUUAGCAACAAAUAAAGGGCUUCCGAUUCUUGGUGUAUUUAGGAGCUUUGCUGCUGUUGGUGUGAAUCCUGCUGUUAUGGGGAUUGGCCCAGCCUUUGCCAUUCCUGCUGCAGUGAAAUCUGCUGGGCUAAAGCUUGAUGACAUCAACCUGUUUGAGAUAAAUGAGGCCUUUGCAUCGCAGUAUGUAUACUGCUGUAAAAAGCUGAACCUCGAUCCAGCAAAAGUCAAUGUUAAUGGAGGAGCAUUAGCACUCGGACAUCCUUUGGGAGCUACUGGUGCUCGGUGUGUGGCAACUUUACUGAAUGAGAUGAAUCGCCGAGGAACAGAUUGCCGUUUCGGAGUCAUUUCAAUGUGUAUAGGCAGUGGCAUGGGUGCUGCAGCUGUUUUUGAACGAGGUGAUCAUGCUAAUGGAUUAACUAACACUCGCGCUGCUCAGACGAACCAAUAGCAGACUGAUGUUUUAGCAGCAUGAUACCUUUUUCAUUCUAUCUUCCUUUAGAACUUAUAAGCAGAUUCUCUCUACAUCGCAGAACAUUAUUCAGCUGAUAAUAAUUAUGUAUUUUCCAUGAUGCUCAUAUACAAAGAAGAUUUGCUUAGCAAUAAUACAAAACUUUUCUUGUUCUUC